CCGGGCUUCGCGCGCUGGGACUCUGAGCCGCUGGUUCCGCCCAGGCCCCGCCCACUGGCCGCAGGUUCCACCGGCCGGAAACUGCCUGGGCCGCCCCAGGCUCCUCUCACUCUGCUCGAGUUCUGGCGCCAGCUGCUGCGCACUGGCGGAUUCCUUGGUGGGUCCUGUCCUUGAGCCCCAGGCCGGGGCUAUGGAGAGGGACGUCGCCGCCGCCACCCUCUACCAGCCAGCCAGCCCCCCGCGGGACGCCUGUGUCUACAGCAGCUGCUACUGUGAGGAAAAUAUUUGGAAACUCUGUGAAUACAUCAAAAACCACAACCAGUAUCCUUUGGAAGAGUGUUAUGCUGUCUUCAUAUCAAAUGAGAGGAAGAUGAUACCUAUCUGGAAACAGCAGGCGAGACCUGGAAAUGGACCCGUGAUCUGGGAUUACCAUGUUGUUUUGCUUCAUGUGUCAAGUGGAGGACAGAGCUUCAUUUAUGAUCUCGAUACUGUCUUGCCAUUUCCCUGCCCCUUUGACACUUACGUAGAAGAGGCCUUUAAGUCUGACGAUGACAUUCAUCCACAGUUUAGGAGGAAAUUUAGAGUGAUCCGUGCAGAUUCCUACCUGAAGAACUUUGCUUCCGACCGAUCUCACAUGAAAGACUCCAGUGGGAACUGGAGAGAGCCUCCUCCACCCUACCCCUGUAUUGAAACUGGAGACUCCAAAAUGAACUUGAAUGAUUUCAUAAGCAUGGAUCCUGAAGUAGGAUGGGGCGCUGUCUACACGCUGUCUGAAUUUGUACAUCGGUUUAGCAGUAACUACUGAAUUUGACAUCAGGAUGUGGAACUGUGCAGAAAUUCUAGGACAUGGACAAGCCAUUCUUUCAUUUAGGACAGCAAACAUUAUGGUACAGUUGGCUUGGAGUUAUAUUUUUCUUUUGAUUCAAUUGAGGGGAAACAUGAGUGAGCACAAAUAUCUGUGAACUGAAUAAAACCUUUUUUGGGCUGGGGCUGUAGCUCAGUGGUAGAAUGUGUGCUUAGCAUAUGUGAGACUUUGGGUCCCAUCCCCAGCAACUCAGAAAUAUAAAAUAAAAUGUAGUCUUUUUUAACAAAAUGUCAAGUUGAAACUUGAUGUAGCACGUAAUUGCUAGGUUAUUCCUGUGGCUUAUUUGCUAAAACAUGUGAUGACUUAUGUGGGUGAUAGCUCUUGUUAAGAUAGAGGUGUGGACUGGAGCCAGCUCCGUUUGUCUGAUCUGGGUGUUUCCUGUCUCUCUGGCUACACUAAGCUUCUUGUGGGCAGGGCCAUGCCUGUGGCUGUGGAAAUCUCUGAUGCCCAUAGAAGGUGCCCAUAAAAUACUUCUAGAGACGGUGCUGCUGCCUGGGAAGGGAUAAUACUGUGAGCUGAAUCAGCAGUAAGUAUUAGUCUUUUUGGACUAUGAUGUUGUUAGAAAGGUUGAAGUUCUCUUAGGCUGAGUGAUAUUUGGCCUAUUUGUAAAUUGUUUUAAAUAAAAUAGAUUUAAAACUAGUUUUGUUUUGAAGAUUUUGUGUUGCUCUUGGUGAUCCAAAACACCUAAGAAUGUCUUAAUCAUUAAUGAGAACCAUUGCUUUAAAACACAUUGAUCAUGUCUGCCUUUUUGAAGAUGCCUUGGAAAUGUGGCUUUAAUUGUAAAAUUCCAAAUAAAAGGUAUUUAUAAUUACACUGGCAUAUA